GGCACUUUUAGCAGGCUCGCCCUUAAAAUAUGAAAGAUAGAAGAAUAUAUAUCAUGUCUAGAUUUUGUGCUUCGAUAGUAUUCUCUCUUCUUUUCGACUUCGGGUCAUGCAUUACAUUUCACCUGCCGGUAAACGUCAACAGAUGCCUACGGGAGGAAAUCCACAAAGACGUGCUCGUUACGGGCGAAUACCAAGUUAGCGACCAGCCGGACGCAAACACCAUCCUGAAGAUCACGGACUCAUCCGGUCACACGCUGUACACCAAGGAGGACGCAACCAAGGGGAAGUUUGCCUUUACAACAGAGGAUUAUGAUAUGUUUGAAGUUUGCUUCGAGAGUAAAUAUCCCAUGGGCACUGGGAGGGUCCCGGACCAACUGGUCACACUGGACAUGAAGCAUGGUGUGGAGGCAAAGAAUUAUGAGGAGAUUGCAAAAGUGGAGAAGCUGAAGCCUCUGGAGGUGGAGCUACGACGUCUUGAGGACUUGUCAGAGUCCAUCAUAAACGACUUCGCCUACAUGAAGAAGCGAGAGGAGGAGAUGCGAGACACAAAUGAGUCCACCAAUACACGAGUCUUGUACUUCAGUGUCUUUUCCAUGUGCUGCUUGACUGGAUUGGCAACAUGGCAGAUCUUUUACUUGCGACGAUUCUUCAAGGCAAAGAAACUGAUUGAGUAAAAGUUCAUCAAAUGCAGCCUGGCCCAUCACAACUGAUAACUGAAUCGUUGGACUCAGUCUAGGAAUAUCUACAUGGGCACUCUGGCAACUCUGUCUCCUUUCAGACCAUCCACCUGUUUUGUAUCGAAAUUAAGUUAUUUCUUUUGUUAUUGUUUUUUUUUAGAUACUUAACGUAACUCAUUAUGCUUAGUUCUGACAGACUUGCUGUUUUAUAUUCAUAGGCAAUAGUCUGUUAUACUAUACAGUAUUUGUCCGUGGUAUAUAUCCGGAUAUACCAAGUCCAGUUGCACUUGAUUCAACUCCUUUGGAUAUACAGUAUUUGAUUUUAACAGUUGUAAAAUGAGAUGUUAUUUUCGUAUAUAUUCUAGGUCUCCCAAUGAUUUUUCCAAUUGCUUCAGUUAUAAAAGAUUUUCCUGUCAGGUCCAUCAGUGUUUUUAUAAUAAAAGGACAUCUCAAAUUGUUAUUAAGGCAUGUUAAUCAUGGAAAAGAAAUGUUCAAU